UGUCCCCGGCGCCUCCCGCCCGCGGCCCGCGUCUCCGUCCCCCGGCUCCGCGGCGCCGCUAGGGCGAGCGAUGGUCGCCGCGGGGGCCCGCGCCGGGGCAGGGACGCCGCGAGCGAGGUGAGCCCCAGGCGUCUCCCGGGAGACGGGCUCCGCCACAAGAUGGCGGCCGAGAAAGAAACGGACGUCUCAGACACAGUAUUAGCAGAAUAUCAGAAAAAAAUUAAAGAAGCUUUUGAAGUGUUUGACCAUGAAGAGAAUGGUACAGUGGAUGUGAGAGAAAUCGGAACAAUUGUCAGGUCUUUAGGCUGCUGCCCUAGUGAAGGUGAGCUCCAAGAUCUGCUUGCAGAGGUAGAGGAAGAAGAACCCACCGGAUACAUUCGAUAUGAAAAAUUUCUUCCAGUGAUGAUAAAAGUACUACAGGAAAAAAGAUACAGACCAAUUCCAGAAGAUGUCCUUCUUCGAGCCUUUGAGGUAUUAGAUCCAAGUAAACGUGGGUUUCUUUCUAAGGAUGAAUUAAUUAAGUAUAUGACUGAAGAAGGUGAGCCUUUUUCUCAGGAGGAAAUGGAAGAAAUGUUGUCAGCUGCUAUUGAUCCAGUAACGAACGUAAUUUACUACAAGGAUUAUGUGACGAUGAUGGUGUUAGAUGAGAGUUAGAUGCUCUAAUGACUUAAUUUCUAAUUGAAAGGGUAAUAAAAUAUUGCUUAUCCCUUAGAA